CAUUGGUCUAGCAGAAGUAGAACGAGGUUGUGUUCAUGUUAUGUGUGUAUGUGUGCUAGUUAUUUGCUAUCAAUUUCACUGUAUUAAUGUUACGAUGUGUUUUUGUGCCAACAAACCCACAGUUUUGAACAGCAAGUUAGAUUCGAGAGAUGCGUCUGCCAUCGAAUGCUCCAAGGUCCCGUGAAGUGAGCUGGUGUAAAAAAUGUCCACCAAUAUCAAGAAGCCGUCAGUGAACGUGUCAACUGCCAAGAAGGCCCAAGUAGACUCGGGUGUGCUGCCCCCGCGAUACCAGCCACCUCCCCAACCCAAGGCUCUUUAUCCGCUCCAGUCCACCUCCAGUCAGGAUGCUGACUGCGUAGUUGCUGUCGGAGAUUCCGGCAAACAGUUCCAAACUGUCGCUGAAAUUGACAGGCAUCAGCCUACAGACAAUACAUAUCUGACGGACAGUAAACCCCCCGCCCACCACAGUACCAUCCCCCACCCGCACCUCCAACAGGUGCCCCCUCAUCAGCUCCCCUGCCUGCAGAAAUGCUCAAGUUUGUGCGUAAACCAGACGCGGAGGCUGCAAGACUUGCUGCCGAACAGACACGAAGAAUGGCGGCAGAAGUGCGCAGCUUGAAGGAGGCCAACCAGCGGCUAAGUGAUGACAACCAGGAGUUGCGCGAUCUUUGUUGUUUCCUGGAUGAUGACCGCCAGAAGGGCCGCAAGUUGGCACGCGAGUGGCAAAGGUUCGGGCGGUACACGGCCAGCGUGAU